AUGUGCACACUGUCAAAAACCCGAAAGCGUCAGACAUUCACUGCUUGGGAUUCCAUAAAGACGGCUGUCCUCCAACCAGAGACUGCCCAGAGUGCGAGUUGA